GCAACCCUGCAGGAACCCAUACGUCCACCGUCGUCAUCAUUCCCGACGACAUCUUAUCUAUCCACCCUGAACGCUCCACAGCAUGCUUCGCAAGCACAAGCGAUAAUGCAGGACACUGCAGCGGGGACAUUGUCUAUACAACUCGACGACUCAACUGUCAGACGGCAGCUUGUGGAGAUGUUGUCCCAGGAUGAUGUCGACAGUCGCAUCAUGCAAAGUGGCGUCCGCAUCUCAUAUGUCGGGCAAGAAUACUCCAAUAUCAACUACUUGAUCCGGCACAGGACCAAGAACCCACACGUGCAUCAUUUUCCUGCCAACCAGAUCUCCCGACACUAUACCAGCCACGAGCUGGACCGGAUCCCGAAAGAUGCUUUUGUGCUGCCUUCACGAACUCUUGUGGACGAGCUAUUAGAUCAGUAUUUCCGCCAUGUCAAUCCUGGGUUUCCCAUUCUCGACGAGGACAUCUUCAUGCGUCAAUAUAGAGCCCAGAAUCCUCAAGAUCCUCCUUCUCUCCUCGUCCUACAGUCCGUGCUUAUGGUUGGCGCCCAUGUGGCACGCGACAGACCAGAACGAGAGUCCCUGAAAGCCAUGUUCUUCCGACGCGCCAAAAUGCUAUUCGAUGCCCGUUAUGAGUGGAACAGAGAUGUUGUGGUGCAGGCCGCGCUUCUUUUGACCUGGCAUUCGGAAGGUAUUGAGGACGUCGGAGCCAACUCGUACUAUUGGGUGGGAAUCGCUGCUCGCACGGCUCUGGGGCUGGGAAUGCAUCGUGAUUGCUCCUCCAGUACCCUAGUGGCUCAUGACAAGCGCAUCUGGAGACGGGUCUUCUGGGUCUUGGUACAGUUUGACGCGAUGGUGUCGCUCUCCUAUGGCAGACCCCAGGCCAUCAACCUCGACGAGUGCGAUGUGGCGCCAUUGACCGUUGCGGAUCUUGAAGGGGUCGGCCGUCUGGCUCAGGUCGAGUUUGUCAUCCAAUAUACCGACCUAUGCUCCAAAAUGUCAAGGAUAAUGCGUGACCACUUCCGGCUGAACAAAAGUGACAAGGUUCAUCAGAAAUCCUUGGCUAUUGCUGAUGAGAUUUUGGCAGACUGGUGGAGUUGCUUGCCUUCGCAUAUGCGCUCUCGGUCGGCAUAUUCUUCAAUCUGGCCGAAAGUGUUGCUGUUGGCAUACAACAAUUUCCUAAUUCUUCUCCAUCGCCCACUGCCAGGUAAAGCAGCGGUUGGCGGCGUGUUUCGGUCGCAUGACUCUGAUAUCUGUAGCUCCGCCGCCAAAACAAUCACAGAUUUGUUUGAUCAACUUCGCGAGAACAACGAAAUCCGUUUCCUAUGGGUUUCGUCGGUCAACGUGCUCUUCACAACUCUCAUUCAACUCAGUGCGGAAAUGCGAACAGCCAAUCCAAUCCUGGCCGUGGACGCCUUACGCAAGUUUGACAUUGCUCUCGAUAGCCUUCGAACGUUGGCUGAGUACUGGCUUAAUGCGGACAUCAUCUUGCGCCUGUUCGAGGAGAGCUCAGAGAGGCUGCAGCAAGAACUCAAAAUAGGCAAAGCGAGAAAGCUCCCACACAUUACGCCUCAAGACCAAGAGACGAGCCCUGGCGUGGUCGAAGGGUCAAGUGCUUCUGAAGGAGAUAAUGACGACCACGACGACAAUCCUGAUUGCAGUGAAAUUUCGAAGAUCGACUGGCGAGAUCUAUACUCCUACAACCAGGACGUUUUGCAGACGGCAGGGGCUCAGAAUGCUGAAGCGGACGGUGGAAUACAGUUCUGGGACAAUUCCGGACUCUUUCUCGCCGACCCGUUUGAGCCCUUUCCAUUUCCUUCUUAA